UGAUUUCAUCUCUCGGCAGUUGUCUCAGUGCAGUGUUAUAUAUGAAGCAGAGAAAGCUCCAAAAACACGCAAGCAGUAAAUGGCGAGACUAACGGCGCUUCCCCUUCUCGCUCUCGCCGUCAUCUUGGUCUUCUUCCUCGCAGUCGCUGAGGGCGGCAGCAGCGGGGGAGCGGGAGAUGAGCUCGCCCUGGGCUGGAUCCCCGCCGGAUCCGGAUGCCGCGGGAGCAUUGCGGAAUGCCUCGCGGGGGAGGAGUUCGAGCUGGGGACGGAGGUGACCCGCCGCAUCCUCGCCCGCUCCUACUACAUCAGCUACAACGCCCUCAGGCGCGACAGCGUCCCCUGUUCCCGCCGCGGCGCCUCCUACUACAACUGCCGCCCCGGCGCCCGGGCCAACCCUUACUCCCGCAGCUGCUCCGCCAUCACCCGCUGCCGGAGCCGACGUUGGUGGUGUCGAUGCUGUUCUUGUUGUAUUGGUGCUGUGAACAGGGAUCGUACGUGGUUGCCCUAAGGAGAAUAAAAAUCUGAUCUUUUGGUUCU